UGCAGUGAGCAGAAGCGCAGUCCCUGCUCAGGCUCCAGCUGACAUCCAGCUUCAGAGCGGCCCGAGGAAGAGCAUCCGAACGCAGAUUGAGUUUUGUAGCGGACUCCAUCACUCAGGAGGGCAGCUUAACUGAAGGGGAAAAAACAGAGAGCGGGGAAGAAGGGAUGGCCUUGUGCGAAAUCACGGAGGAUGACCUGAAUGAACUGAUGCGCGAGGAGGCGGAGGAUGUCUUCUUCGAUGGAGUGUCUUCCCGCUUCCCAGAGAUCAUGGCAGCAGGCACCCACUCUCCUGGAGGGCCCAAUGGAAUCAUCCGCAGCCAGUCGUUCGCAGGCUUCAGUACCUUGCAGGAGAGACGCUCACGGUGUAACUCGUUCAUGGGGAACUCAGCAGUGCAGAAGAAGCCCGUCUCCAAGCCCAAGAAACCCCAUCUGUCUGGGCACAAGUCCAGUAGCAGCAGCUCACAUGAGCCACAGCCCAAGAGAGUGGAGGAGGUGUAUGGAGCACUGAAACAGGGCCUGGAUGAGUAUCUGGAAGUGCACCAGGUGGAGCUGGACAAACUCACAUCUCUCAUGAAGGAUAUGAAGAGGAACUCGAGACUGGGAGUGCUCUACGAUCUUGACAAGCAAAUUAAGACUAUUGAGAGAUAUAUGCGACGGCUAGAGUUUCACAUUAGUAAGGUUGAUGAGUUGUACGAGGGUUUCUGUAUUCAGAGGAGGCUGAGAGAGGGGGCCAGUAAGAUGAAGCAAGCCUUCACUGCCUCACCGUCAACUAAAGGCACACGAGACAGCCUGGCCGAGGUCAACCGCCGCUACAAAGAAUAUACAGAGAACAUGAGCACUUUUGAAGGGGAGCUGGAGAACCUCCUGGGAGAAUUCCAUAUCAAAAUGAAAGGUUUGGCUGGCUUUGCAAGGCUUUGUCCAGGCGAUCAGUACGAAAUUUUUAUGCGGUACGGACGGCAGCGGUGGAAGCUGAAAGGGAAGAUUGAGGCAAACUCCAGGCAGAGCUGGGAUGGAGAGGAGAUGAUCUUUGUGCCUCUUAUCACAGAUCUGAUCUCCAUUAAGGUGACAGAGCUGAAGGGGCUUGCCACUCAUGUCCUGGUGGGCAGUGUUAUCUGUGAGACGAAGGACCUGUUUACUGCCAUGCCUCAGGUGGUGGCUGUGGAUGUUAAUGACCUGGGCACCAUCAAGCUGAACCUGGAGGUCACCUGGUUUCCAUUUGAUGUGGAGGACCUGACCCUGUCCUCUGGUAAUGUGAGCAAAGCCACAGCCCUGCAGAGACGAGUGUCUGUGUACAGUCAGGGCACGCCUGAGACUCCCACCUUCCAGGACACAUCCUUCUUUUCAGCACUGCCUGAUGAUGUUUUUGAGAACGGUGGUUGUGGAGUGGCUGAGUGCAAGCGUCUCUCCUUCACCUUCUCCGACACUUCCACCUCCAGCCCUGCCCCUGGCCAGUCAAACCCUGAGAUCACAGUGACACCCCCUGAGGUGGACCCUCAGCUGCCCCCUACAGCAGAUCAGGCUGUGGAGGAAGAUGGAGGUGAAGAAGAGGAGGAAAGCGGCAGUGUGAGUCUAGCCAGUGCCAGUGAGGCAGACUCUGAGCGAGACUGGGAGGGCCAGGGGCCUGUCUAUGGCUCCACAGCCCCCUCUCUGUCCUCUGAGGGCCAGCUUUCUGCUGUGGGGCCCGAGGAUGUGGUUUUCCUGGAGCCUGGAGGACCUGAUGAGGCCUCAGAGCUAAAACCGGUGGAACUGGACGGAGAGGAGGGCAGUCUGACGAAACAGCUAGUUAGGAGGCUGACCUCAUCUGAAAUCCUGCCUGAGGCUGGAGCCCUGAGCUGGGCUGGAGAGGGCAGCAGGGCCUUCCUGGAGAGCAGCCUGGAGGAGGCCAUCCAGAGUCUGCUGCUGAGGUUGGAGAGCCUGAGUCAGCGCUGCAGGGAGCUCCAGGACCUCGAGCAGGAAGUGAUGAAACUGGAGGACCUGCUUAAGUGUCGGGGGCCUGCUCACAGGAGCCGCUCGUCCAGUCUCAGCCUGACCGUGGAGAGUGCCCUGGAGAGCUUUGACUUCCUCAACACCUCUGAUUUUGAUGAUGACGACACUGGGGACGAUCCUGCUGCAGUCCCGCGUUCUGUGUUCUUUGACAUGGAGACAGAGAGGAUCGGGUCAGGACAGCACCCAGAGGCCCGAGGUCACCUGAGUGAAGCCCUGACAGAGGACACAGGAGUGGGUAACAGUGUGGCUGGCAGCCCUCUGCCACUGACCACAGGCAACGAGAACCUGGAUGUGGCCAUCGUUAUUCACCUCCAAUACUGCAACCACCUCAUUCAGCUGUUGACCUCAGGAGGAAACCCAUGGCAGCACAGGACUCACCUGCGCAAGCUCUCGACCCAAACUCUCUUGCUGGAGGAGCUGACUGAGAACAGCAUAGAGCGACUGGGCAGCAUCAACUCCGCAGUGGAUGUGCUACCUGGACUGGUGGAGCGGCCAGCGCUAUUGGCUCUGUGGUCUGAGUGCACUGGAUCUGGAGGCCUUUUCCACACCACACUGGACCGUGUGCUCAAACACAUGCACCACAGUUUCACUGUGCCACUGCAGGAGACUCACCCACACAGUGCAGACUCAGUGAUCAGGCUGGUGGUGAGUGAGAUGGUGGACAGGAGUGACCUGGCCUCCUCCACAUGCCCCUCCCUUUCCUCUCUGGCCCAGGACGUGCUGACAGUGUUUCAAUUCCACAGCUACGCCACCCAGCACAACGUCACCGACAUGGAGCAACACCUGCUGGAGGUGGCCAGAGAGGCUAUGUUUGCGGAGCGUCUGAGCUGUGGUGAUGCAGAACGCUCUCUGAGGGAGCUGCAGGAGACGUCAGUCUCCUUCCUCCAGCCCCGCCCUCAUACCCUGCGUGCCCUAGCCAGUCUCCUGACCUCUGAUGACCCUGACCUCAGCAAGGCGGCCACUGCCUUCCUCUCUAAUGCUGCCUCACAUCCACCUUUCAGGUCAAAGGCAGUGGAUUACUUCACUCAAGCCUUAUCAGAAGCAGGGCUGCACACUCAGAGAGCUGCUUGCAUUGCCCUAAGCUGCCUGCAGGCUGUGGAGAGCAUUAAUGCAGUCGUGUCACUGUGUGACUCAGCCGAUGAAGAGCUCCGCCAUGUUGCCAUAGAAACACUCCUCACAUUUGGUGAAGAAGGUCGACUGGCGUAUGAGCAGUUGGACACAGUGCCGAGGGAGAUGGUGCGUCUGGGAACGCGCCGCGGCAACGCCGUCACCACUGCCUUCUGAGGGAAGCUGGAUAAGGCAGGGUGAAAGCCCCAGCAUUACUGUCUCUGUGGCGCUCUCCAGCCCAGACGUUUAUCCUCUUAGGCUGAGAGUUUGCAGACACUGAGGACACGUGAGUUCCUCACAAGGCCGCCCAAGCAGGGUUCCUCACUAGGAGACUUCUGAAGCCAUUUCUCUCUGGACGGAUCAGUUACAGCAGUACUUUUAUCACUUUCAUUAGAUUGAUGAUGAUCAUUCAUGUUAUUGAUCUUACAGUAAUAACGUUCUUUAUUACUACCGUUUAAUUAUUUGUUGGUAUUAGUUAUAUGAUGAUAUUCCUGAAUUUGCACUUAUCAGAUGCGUGUAAAUAGAGCACAUGAUUAUCGAUUAUCGUAUUGUGUGGCAUAUCCUACCUGAACUACCUGAGAGCUAUGUUGCUUGUUUUCCCAACACUCAACUCCCCCCAGUAUGUGCCGUUCAGUUUCAGGGAUUCUGAGGGACACGUUUGAUUUAACCCUCCUGGUUACUGAGUGUAUGUGUGUAUGUGUGAUAUGAUGUAAGUAAGCUCUAACUGUUGAUCACUGGACAGACGUAAGCUUGUCUCCACACCACUCCAUUCUGGAUGCUUUGUGAAGAGACAACAAGCAAAGGACUUGACAGCCAGCCUGCUUGCCUUUAGCCUUUCAAAGGUCAAUAUUGUGUGGAACAGUGAGUAGUGGAAGCACGGUGGCCUGCUACAACCGCCUGUGGAUGCAAGUUGUUUAGAUGUUACUCCAGAGAUUAUAUAUUGCAUUAAUAAGGUAGUAAUCACAAGUGGACAGAGUACAGUACUUCUGUACUUGAGUAAAAGUAGAGGCACUCUUUGUAAAAUAUUACUACAGUAGAAGUACAGAUGUUCUAGCUGUAAUUCUACCUGAGUAAAAAGACUUGCUUGUUAGUGUACUUCAGUAUCAAAAGUUAAAGUACUUUGAGUUAUUAUAAAUAUUAUUUUGAUGAUGAGGUUUAGUUGGGGAGACCUGUGUGGCUGCAGACAUGAACAUGUUUUUAACAGAACGUAGAAUAGAACCCAAAAUAUUAUUAAACAAGGUCUAUAAAAACUCAAAUUACUUUUAUUUUUAAUACUUAAGAACAUUUAUAAGCUAAAACAUUUGUACUUUUACUCAUACUUUUAGGAUUUUACCAAGAGGACAUCUACUAAUACUCAAGUACAGAAUUAUUGUACUUUGUCCACUCCCGGUAGCAGGGCAGCAGUGAGUGGGGACAGGGUGAAGAACGGACUGGGACCUUGCUAAGGCUGUUCACUAGUGUGGGUGUGAAAGAGAGCUUGAGUGUAUGUGUGUUAAAAUGCACUUUUUGGUAUAUUAAGAGAAGUGUUAAUGGAUUUACUGUGAAUUUGGUGUUUAACUUCAAUGAAGACUGGAAGUACAGUGCUCUGUGAUCCAACUAGCUUCUGUGCCUAUUGUAACUGUACUACUGAGUCACAUUAUUUACUGUGACAACUGAUUUUCACAACUUAAUUUAUUUUUUACAUGUUGCUUGUCAUGUCUUUUUCUUUUAAAUCUCAAAAAUGGAUUGUAUCUGCAAUAUACUAAGCAAGCUAGAUAUUUAUGUGAACAUAUGAUGCCGUACUCCAGUAUUUGUAAUCACUGAGAUUCUACUUUCUCCCCACAUCCCACUAAAAGUUAAUGGUUUACUGUAAAGGUUUACGUUGUUUUAUUGAUUGGUUGUCAUGUUUGAAAGGCGUUCUCCCUAACAUACCUCAGUGUGAGAAGUCCUGCAGCAAGAAUCUCGCAAGAAGCUUCCCCUUCACUGUUUCUAACAACCAGUGUUCAUAUUUAAAGUCAAAAUGUAUAAAUGUGCAGUUGUGUAAACAAAGAACAUCUUUUAACAAAUCAGGUUUUUGUUAUUGUGAAGGGAAUUAGACCAAAAGAUUGGCUGACCUCUACUGGUGAGUGAAAAAGCACAUUUAGAGAAUGUACCGAGAGAACAUGACUAUUCCCUGGAGUAAUAACAUGCAAGCAUAGCAAGCACAACUGAACUAUUUCUGUUUUUAGUGUUUAUAUUAAUCUGUUCAGCUGUCCUAAAAAAACACAAAUCCCUAAAGCCAUAAUUGAUGCAAACCCAGUAUAAGUCUGAUAAAUUUUGUAAUCUGCAUCACUAUAAUUAUCUUAAAAUGAGGCCUUUUGUCCAUUUGCAUAUGAACAUUUUGACGUUUUUGUCCUGGCUGUUCUAUGAAUUCUCUUUUUCAGUUUUUU